UUGCGCUUAUGAUAAGAAGAGUGCGUGACUAUUACAUACAUUCUUCGUAUCGAACAGACAAGAUUAAUAAAUUAAUAGUUAACACCGUGAUUUCGGAAUUGAUUGAUUAAUUGAGAAUCAUGGACCUGCUUGGCUCAAUUUUAAAUUCAAUGGACAAGCCACCGAGUGUGAGCGAUAAGCAGAAAGCAUUGAUGAAAAAGCAGCGAGAAGAAAUUGAGAAACGUCAAAUAGUGGAAGCGGAAAAACUGAAGGUGUUUAGAGAAAAGGUUGAAGAAAAGAUAAAUAAAUUUCUGCAAAAUGGUGCGGCUCGAGAAUGUAAAUUUCAACCUAUGGAACAGGUCUACAGAAGCAUUAUACACGAUGUUGCAGAAGUGGCCAAUGUAUUAGCAUAUUCUUUUGGGAUGGAGGGAAUCGAUAGAUAUAUAAUAAUAUUUAAAAGGGAAUAUGCUCCAACCGAAGACCACUUAAAUGCAUUGCGUAGAGGAGAAGAAUGGAAUGAGGAAAUAGCCAAGAGAUUAAACGAGGAAAGAGAGAGACAAGCUAAAGAAGAUGAGGAAGCAAACAAAUCUAGGAAGAGAAAACAAGAAUUUGUACCGAUAACCAAUUAUAAAGACAAGUAUAAGCAUCUGAUUGGAGAAGAAGCUGCCUUACAAGCAGCCAGAAAAACUGAAACUAAUCGUAGUUAUGGAUUUGUCCCAAGUGAAAACAAAAAAGAUCAGCGAAGUAUUGAGGAAACUCUAGCAGAUAUUCGUGCAAAAAAGAAGAAGACUGAAGAAUCAGCAAAUCAAGCAUUGGAACCAGAAGAAGAAAAUGUCCCUGAAUGAUGGUAGCUUAGUUGAAUAAUUAUGUUGUAAAGUGAAAUUAAUUGCACUGCUAAACUGUAAAUAGGUAAUAAGUAUUUUUCUGUUCUAAUACAAUUAGUUAUCGUACAUUAGAUGAAUCACAAUCAUUCAUUGGCAUUGAAAUACUACGGAUAAACUACAGAGCUUUAUUCCGUUUCUUUCAAGAUGCCAGAUGUGAUUAAUCAAGUCCCGAUUGCAAAGUAACCUGUGCACCAAUUUUGUACAGAGAUCGUCAUUAUCUUCUGACAAUGAUAUUAUUAAUCUACGUGUAGCUUGUUAUUUAAACAUAACACAUAUUAAUUUAUUACCUGAAUCCUAAAUAUAUUUAUAUGGGAUGCAUUCCAUAUUAAUUUUCAAUUCAAUUUAACACGUGUUAUGUUUAAAUAACAAAUUCAAUGUAGAUUAAUAAUAUGAUUUACCAAUUUUGUACAGAGAUAGCAUUAUCUUCUGCCAAUGAUAUUAUUAAUGUACGUUGAAUUUGUUAUUUAAACAUAACACAUGGUAAGUUAUUAGCUGAAUCCUAAAUAUAUUUACAUGGAAUGCACUCCAUAUUUAUUUUAAAUUCAAUUUAAUACGUGUUCAUCGGACAAACUUUAGUACUAUGCUUUAAUCGAUACGAAACAAUAUUCAUUCAGCGUUAACAAUUGAAAAAAGAUGAGUUAGGUAAUGCUGUAUUAGUUUUAAAUUUGUAGAAUUAGUAUGCGAUUUAAAAAGUACUCUAGUUAUAUAGAAUACAUGAAAUAGGAGAAAUGUCAGCAACAGACUGAUUAGUGAAUAAGAAUAAUUUCGUUAAUUAUUCAUGUCCGAGAGUAUGUUCUUUAUUGCAUAAGUUCCUUCACACGUACAUGUAUUGUUACUCCAUAAAUUCGAAUGUUACUAAAGUUUGCAAAAAAUA